AUGGAUUUCGAUCAUCUUGCUGAAAAGAAACAGGAGCAGAAAGCCGCUGUCUGGCUGAAUCGUUGGUCGGGUCCACGGCCAGAAAUCUCGUCCAUGCAAAUUGCUGAGAGACAUCGACCAGGUAAACCUGUAUCUGCAUGUCUAUGGAAAGUCGGUGCUUUUGAUAUUUGCUAUCGGGUCCGAUAUGAUACGGGACCUCAUGUUAUUGUCCCUUUCGCUUCUCUUAGACGCGCUAUUUGCCGCAGGGAAAAAGCCCAAAUUGAAGUUGCAACCAUGAAGUGGAUACGUCAUAACACUUCUAUCCCUGUUCCUGAAGGUUGUGGCUCCGGGAUUUGCUGGGAAGGCCCGUAUAUUGUUAUGGCAUUUCUUGAAGGAAGGCCAUUGUCGGAGAUGCUUCGGGGAUUCUUCUUUGGCGGGACGACCGGUCCUGAACCCACAAAUAAAUAA